AGUAUGUUUGUCCUAAUAGCGAUCAUUGCAGUGUUGUGCAGUGUACUCUAUCUUAGUCAUCGGUGGAAGUAUGCAUUCGCGGACGGUUUGCCUGGAUUGAAACCGGUGUAUCCGUUGCUUGGGAAUGGAGACAUUAUGCUGGGGAAAAGUGAUGUGCAACGUUUUGAUACCAUGGUGAAAAUUUGCAGUGAAAAUGAUCGACUGGUGAAGGUGUGGGCAGGUCCUAAACUGUUGCUCUUCACGUGUCAUCCGGACUUAAUUCAGCAAAUCCUCUCCAGCCCGGAUUGUUUGGAAAAACCUUUCUUGUACAGAUUUGCUGGAUUCGAACAUGGACUGUUUACAUCGAAAUAUAAACUGUGGCGUGGGACGCGCAAACGCCUUAAUCCCUGUUUCAAUCAGCGUAUACUGCAUGGAUUUUUUCCAAUGUUCGAAAAAUGUGCGCGUAAGAUGAUCGAUAGGCUGAACAAUUGUUUAGAUGGGACAACGGUAAACAUGCACAUGUACACUACACUCUGCACUCUAGAGAUGGCAUGCGGAACCACUCUGGGAAGUGACAUUUUGCAGUGUAAUGGCAAGAAGGAAUUUGUUCGCAGCCUUGAUGUAGCUUUCAACGAGGCAGCACGGCGAAUGGUAAGCGUUCAUCUCUACCUGGAUGUUGUUUACCGGCAUACUAGAUACUACAACGAGAUGAUGCAGGCGAGGGAGCUGGUGUGUGACUUUUUCAAACGGAUCGUUUCGGAACGAAGGAAACAGAUGUGUGGUGAUAAUAAUAACAAUGAAGAUGACGACAUCCAUAAACCAAGAAUUUUGAUAGAUCAACUAUUGAGUGUUUCCCAGGACGGAAAAACCUUCAGUGAGACCGAGAUUAUCGACAACAUCUAUGCGGUCGUUACAGGAGCCAACGACACAUCCGGCUUACUGAUAGCACACGCCUGUCUGUUCCUAUGUUUCCACCAGGACGUUCAGGAGAAACUGUACGCCGAAAUAAUGGAGUUCAUUCCGAAUGAGGAGGUGGAAAUCAAUCCCGACAUUUUGAAACAACUAGUUUACCUGGAUAUGUUCCUGAAGGAAUGCUUACGGCACUGUCCCGUGGCACCGAACGUAUCGCGUGAAAAUAUGGCAGAAAUGGAAAUCGAUGGUGUGAAAGUGCCGCCGGGGAACAUUUUCGUUAUGAAUUUCUACGCCCUGCACCGGCGAAAGGACGUGUGGGGUCCGGAUGCCGAGAAAUUCGAACCGGAGCGUUUUUCCGCACAGCGCGCCAAGGAUCGACAUCCAUUUGCGUUCCUACCGUUCAGUGGGGGGAAUAGGAUAUGUAUUGGUUGGCGCUACGCUAUGUUCAGCAUGAAAGUGAUGCUGACUUAUCUUGUCAGGAAUUUUCAUUUCGAAACCAAGAUACGACAGGAGGACGUGCGCUACAGGCACGAUUUGACGAUGAAGCUCCCGUUUGAUCACAUGAUUCAGGUUAACAAACGACUUUUCGCAAAAGACACCGUAAGGGUAUCGAGUCUAAUCCAUUGCGAAGACGGACGAUUGAAAUCGGCAGGAAUUAAUUAAAUUAAGUCAUUACUUAGUCAACGUAUAAGCUAUUACA